UAACAUUAGCAUCCCUUCGAGCAGCCAUUUUGGAUUUAACAGGAUUUAAACUAAAUGACCCUUUUCUCUUAAAAUAACAAAUAUUUUGGAGUGAAAAACCACUUCAACCCUUCCAGAAGGCUUGUGAAAAAGCCUAGAUGGCAGGCAACCAACGAUAUGUGCCGAUUGCGACCAGUGAGGAAACAGCACCAGAUUCCCAACCUGCUGUUCUAUCAGUAGUUGCAACCCCACCUCAACCAGUUCAUCUCACACCAACACAGGAUAAUCGUACUGUAAACCAAGCAGCAUAUGUAGAAAUACCUCCUGAUGUCCCUCCUCCACCUUAUGUAUCGUACGACAUUGAUGAACCCAACGAUGAAAAUAACAUCAGUCCCCCAGCUUACGAAGUUGCUUCCAAACUACCCACUUACGAAGAAGCCGAGGGAGUGAGAGAAAUAAAUGAAGACCUGGAACAGAGAAAUGCUUUACUUGUUGAUGGAGGACAAGAAGUAGCAUUAGGGACAGACUGGCUCUUUGUGUUGUGCUUUGCAAUGGCUUUCCUGUUCAACUGGCUUGGAUUCUUUGCUGCAUACUGUUUAACAAGGACUGUUGCAUCACGUUAUGGAGCCAUUGCUGGGUUUGGUCUUUCAAUGGUUAAAUGGGUGUGGAUAUUUAAGGAGGCAGCAAAAUCUAGAGAAGAAAUAAUAUAUGGUCAGGACUGGAUAUGGUGGAUUUUCUUUGCCCUUGGCUGGUUACUGUUUAUCAGAGCUACCCUUGCAUACCUCCAUAUCAAGUUGUUAGUCAGGCGUGGAUGUAGGAGAUUCCCACAUUACUGGGGUCUACCUGUUCAGAAAUGAGCUCAACAGUAAUGGGAGGAGGGACAAAACUACUAGAAAAAACUGUUAAACGAGAAUGGGGACAUCAAGAUAUCGACUUGAAUAAACACAGAAGGAUUUGGUAUAUAGAAAGAUGGCCAGAGUGUAGAUCUUUAGAUUUGGCAGUUAUAAUUGAUAAUAAUCUUUAUUUUACUUAUGAGACUAAAAGGAGCUGACCUACCUAGAACUACCCUUGCAAACUUACUGCCGUAAACUACCUAURAAAUCAACCCCAACAACUUAUUAUCUACCGCUUUCUACUUCUUUUGAUUUUAAUAUUAUUAUAUAAUUCAAUUAAAAAUGAGGGAAUGAUGACCAACAGAGCAAGUGAGAAACAUAGUGAAUGCGACUGCAAGCAAAUGAUAAGGUAUUCAGAAUGCUACAUUGAAACUCCUCAUCCCUUGUUCCAUGCGCACUCCAAAAACCUAAUAAUAUUAACCAUAAUUUAGAUARAAAAACAUCCUUGGAGACUAUAUGCCCAUCACUUGUGCUUAUGGUCUUGAAGGAUACUAAAUAGAAAGCUUACGACAAAAUAUCCUGUCUUCUGAAUAUAUGUUAAAAAUAUUCAUAUAAAUUAAAGGUGAAUUAUUGCCAGCGUACCUGAGGAAUUUCCAAAAUUACCUGGUGUAUUUAGAUUUUAGUUUUAAUUUCYGUACAGCCUAGUUUGUAGCAUUCAUUAAAUAGCUGAGUAUUAUUUUUAAUUAAUGGAAAAUACAAGUUGUUUAUACUAUACUUGUCCAAUAAAUUAAAAUCCAUCAUUGCGAUAGAAAAUGGAUUAGUAGAACAUUGCUGGAACUAUUUCAACGUUAGGAAACUCUUUCAGUGGGUACCAAGCCUUUUGAUUGUUGUCUUCAGUGGAGAAUUAAUUUUGUUWUAAGAUGA